AUGCCCUCCGCACUCGUUGCGCGGGCUGGUGUGUCACCAGACCACCAGGCUUUCUGGACGAGUAUCUUGUUGAUUUGUGAGACUGCAACGGCCUUUGCGGCCUGCCCGAUCUUCGGGCUUUGGGUAGACUCGUCGGUUGGUCGCAAAAUCCCGUUCCUGGUAGGUCUCAUCUUACUUGCCGCUGCAAUGGCUUUCUUUACCGCAGCGCGAUCUACGACGAUGUACGUUGUCGGGAGAAUUCUACAAGGUCUCGCAUCCGCCAUGGUGGACGUUGCAGGGCUUGCGCUGCUGCGAGAUGCCAUGGGUAGCGAUCGUCUGGGAGAAGCCGUGGGGUACGUCGGUACCGGCCAGAUGGUCGGACUCCUGGCAGGUCCUCCCUUAGGGGGCCUCGUGAAUCGCGCCGGAGGAUAUUAUGCGGUUUGUAUCCUGGGGUUUGCGAUAGUCAUCGUGGACGCCGUGAUGCGCUUAGCAGUGUCAGAGAAGAAUGGUCGGGACCAAAGUUCCAUCCAACUGGACGAAGGCGCCCUUGCAGCUGGGGCCGAGGGAAGUCACAGGAAAACUCCCGCGGCGGUGAGCACUGCAGCCGCCGAAUCGAGCCCCCAGGAGGCGAAAGCCGUGUCUUUUGCGGGGUUGAAAUUGCUAAAACAGCCACGCGUGGUCAUCACGCUCUGGGCGCUCACUAUCGAUGGGCUAAUAAUCGGGGCUUUCGAUGCGACUCUGCCUACCUAUGUGGAGAUGUUGUUUGGAUGGGAUGCCUUUGCGGCAGGUUUGCUCUUCCUGGCAAUGGCAGGGCCGGCACUAUUGGAGCCUUGGUUUGGACGACUGUGCGACCGUUUCGGGGUUCGCAUCAUGACAGUGCUGGGGUUCGCAAUGUAUACCCCGCCGCUGGUGUGUUUGCAAUUCGUCAGCCAGGACAGCAUGUCGCACAAGAUCCUGCUAGCCGUCCUCAUGGCAUUGUGUGGUCUUGCGCCUUCGGUAGCUCAACCUGCCCUGUAUGUGGAGUCGCAGAUUGUGCUGGAAGAAAUGGAGGCGCACAGCCCUGGCCUCUUCGGAGAGCAAGGGGCAGUCUCACAGGCAUUUGCGCUGCAGACGAUGGCCAAUUACGCGGGUCUCUCUGUGGGGCCCAUUGUCGGGGAGAAAAUUCUGAGUAGACACGGGUGGAAGUCAAUGGCGUGGACAUUGGGGGGAUUGGCUGGAGUGACAAUCCUGCCCAUGUUCCUUCUCAGCAAUGAAAGUUUCGCUGAGCAGACACCGCAAGGGGAGGCACGGGGUGACGGGGACCAGGCUGGCGAGAGUUAG